AUGAAUCGGUUCGUGGCCGGCUUCAUUGCCGUCGGAAUCUUCUGCCUCCCUCCCAUCGCAGCAGAUCCAAACCUGCCGUGCUCUUCUGCAUAUCUUAUACAGAACAGGGAUACUGGUUCUGGUUUAAACGAGUUGUACGAGGUGGACUUGGCAUCUGGGAAAACGACCCUGGUCAAUGGCAAUGUCAACGCUGGGCCGCCUGGGUCCGCUAUCAAUGCCAUCGGGUUCAAUUCCCGGGACAGCUUCAUGUACGGAACGGCAACGAAUGCCGCAAAUGGAACACGCAAUCUGAUUCGCGUUGGAGCCGGGGGUAAAACCACUGUGCUGCCGAUACAAAUCUCGUUUGACACCGUUGUCGGCGACGUGGCCGCCAACGGACAGUACUACAUCCGUUCUACCGCGGGCGUGGGCAACGUGCCAUGGGCUCAGUUGGACCUUUCCGACUCCAAUUCUCCAACCUUUGGCCGGGUGGUUGCUAGCGGAACGAGCGACUCGCUUGGCUUGGCUAUGUUCGAUUGGGCCCAUGUCCCGGGGGCGGGUGACUACCUCUGGUCGUACGGCUUCAUGUAUCCAAACGAGGACAAGAACGUCUUGGUCCGGUGGGAUAUUCAAUCUCACGCCUACGUCAAGGUGAGAGACUUGGGGAUAUCCGGGCGAUAUGGGGCCAUGUAUGCAUCAGCAGACGGCUAUCUCUAUGGGGAGGAGAGCGGCUCCGGCAGCAUCUACAGAGUCAAGGUCGCCGACAGCACAGCGCCUGUUAAAUUUAUUGCCAAAGGCCCGGCAAGCAGUGGUAACGACGGCGCUGGGUGCGGCGGUCCUCUUGCUCCUCUUCCUCCUACCGGCCCUCUUUCUCCUCUGAAAUGCUCCUCCUCCGGCUAUCUCAUACAGAACACCAAGCCUGGGUCGGAUCUAAAUUGGCUGUAUAGCGUGGACGUAUCCGGAAUGGCGACACUGGUUAACAGUAAUGUGAAUGCCGGGCCAUCGGGGUCACAUAUUAAUGCUAUUGGGUUUAAUAUCCGCGAUGGCUAUAUUUACGGAACCGCGACAAAUUCGGCCAACCAAGCCCGCAAUCUAAUUCGCAUUGGAGACGGUGGUAUGGCCACAGUACUGCCAUACAAGAUCCCGUUUGCCACUGUCACCGGUGAUAUCGCACCUGACGGGCAGUACUAUAUUCUCCAAGCUUUUCAACCCGAUGGAGCCGCAACGUCGUGGGCUCAAUUGGAUCUUUCGGAUUCCAAGUCUAGCACUUUUGGCCUCGUCGUUGCUAGCGGAACCAGCGACCAGAUCUUGCCCAUCUUCGAUUGGGCUCAUGUCCCGGGGACGGGUAACUACCUAUGGUCCUUUGGUGUCACAAAUACAGGCAAUAAUUUCUUGAUCCGUUGGGAUAUGUCAACUCACAUAUUCACAGUCAUUCGGGAUUUGGGGGUAUCCGGGAGGUUCGGAGCGGUAUAUGCGGCUGCCGAUGGAUAUUUAUAUGGCGCAGACAGUAUAUCCGGGAACGUUUAUAGAGUCAAGGUAACGAACAACACAUCUCGUGGCGAACUUGUUGGAAAGGGUCCGGCAAGCGAUGGGAAUGAUGGCGCCUCAUGUCCUGUAGCUAACUAA